GCGCCAUGACGCCCGACACCUGGGUGAAGUCUGGCUACUCGGUGUUCUGGUCGCGGCCCGGCAGUGCCCAGCACGAGUACCAGCUGCUGACCGACCGGCGGCAGCGGCCGCGCCGCCGGCUGCGUGCCUGGCUGCCGCUAGCCGCCGUGCUGCUGGUCGCCGUGCUGGGGCUCAGCACGUUAGGUCUGCUGCACGGCCAGGACGCCCCGCCCGGCUUCCGGGCCGAGGACGGCGAUGGACCGCCGCAGGCCGCUGACCGGCCCAGCGAGCGUCGCGGCAGUGAGACCGGGGACUCACCGGCUGUCGGUGAGGACAGCAGCAUGUCACCGGGGUCCACGGAGCACUCCGAGCGAGAUCAGAGCGAUGCGAAGUCGUCCGACACGGACCGCUCCAACUCAAAGACAGCCGACAAGAGCCAUGGCGACUCCGGACUACCUGCGAGGAGCAGCGAGUCCUCCGGUGAGGACGGGAGCGGCUCCGAGCCGUCUGCGGAGCAUCGGAACGACCCCAGACCGUCUGCACAGCUUGACGGCGACGCCGCUCGGUCCGCUGCGGGUCAGAGAGAUCCGAAGCCACUGGAGAAGGCUCAGAAUGAGCCAUCGCAGGCCCAGGCCAGCCAGGAAGCAUCUGAACGGCAAGCCAAGCCCACCUCACAAGAGCAGCGAUCGCCUCUGUCCGGCAAACUGGCACCGCGGGAGGUUUUAGUCGUUCUGAAAAAGCAAGACUCGAAGCCCGCCGAUGCAGAUGGGAUGGCGGACCGCAGUCCUGCGUCAGUCGAUUGAAUCGCUGAAGAUGUCUGCUUUGGUCCACGAGAGAACGGAUGGCUCUCUACACUGGUGUGUGCUCUGGCCUAAAAUUAUCCGCCGAUGCGUGCUCCGGACUUAAGCUCUCCGCCAUAUUUACUCUAGCCUAAAGCUCUCCGUCGAUGUGUGCUUUGGCCUAAAACUCUACGUCGAUGUGUGUCCUGGCCUCAAGCUCUCCGCUGAUGUGUGCUCUGGCCUAAAGCUCUCCGCCGAUGUGUGCUCUGGCCUAAAGUUCUACGUCGAUGUGUGCUCUGGCCUAAAGCUCUCCGCCAAUGUGUGCUCUGACUUAAAGCGCUUGAGUUGUCGAAACGCAACCCCGUGACAGGUCAUGUAAUUUCCAAUGCCGGAAGUUUCUGUCCGGCCGGCUGGCCCCGGCCCUGCCCCGAGCUGCGCCUGGCCGGAGGUCGCCGCUUCCGUCCAGCUGUCGUCUGGCGAGAGAAAA